AUGGCCAGAAAAGACAGUAUCGCAUCUGAUCCUUACGCGUACGCGAUCGCUAAAGCUCUCGAGUACAUCGAUGCCCACACCAACGAGUUCGACACAGAGAGCAGCCAGAAGAAAGCCUUGUCGACUCUCAUCACAACUCAGAAGCUCCAAUAUGCAGACAAGUACUCUUACGGCCUGUACGAUGUUGGUCAGUACAAGCUCUGGACCUCGUUAAAGCAAGCCGCAGAACGACACAAAAGGUCUGGCUUGAACAUUGACAUCACAGGCUCGAAUGGUAUCAAUGAGGUCUUCAAGCGAGGCAGCGUGUACUUUGAGCAGAACUAUUUGAUCACAAUUCGUAGUGCUCCGAAACCUGUAGGAGUGCCGCCACCGACAACAGUGGCUGUUGAGGAGGUUUCUGGCAGACGUCCUUCGCGUCUACCUGUUGGACAAUCGACAGCUUCGAAGCAAGAGUCAGCACCGAGAGCUGGUAGGAAGAGAUCGACUUUACGGAAGCCUGUUGAUGAAGAUGGGGACAGAGAAGCAGGAGGAGACAGCAAAGAUGUCCUCUCAACAGCUUCUACCUCGAACAAGCGACAAAAGACUACAGGCAAGCCUGGUAUCGAAACCCUGGACAAGACUCGCCAUGGACCCACUGGCGACUAUGAUGAGGAUAUCGAUACCAAGCAGAACUUCCUUACAAUGGACGACCAACCAAAGAAGCAGCCAAGUCGUCCAGCUACAGCCAAACCCGCAGCAGACCAACCCAGCCAGAGAACAACCCGUAAUGGUGCCCAGAAGAAUGCCAAGCCAGCCGGCGCGCUCAAAACAACGUCAAAGCAAUCAGGACUUCGUCCCGAGAGCCUGGUCGAGAUCGAUAGUGAUGUCUCCGAUUUCAGUCUUGAUGACGAUGAGAUACAGGCGGCCCAAUCCAGCGACCCAGAGAUUGACGAUAUCGAUGAGGUCACGGGCAACGUGUCAGAUGAAGGUGAAGUGACAGAGGCGGACGACAACGCAUCUGAAGGUCUUUUGGACGACGAAGAGGUUGAGUCUUCUUUUGAAGUGAAGAAGUCUAAGAGGAACGCUGCAGCCAAAUCCGCGACCGUCGAAGAGAAGUCGGCCAAGAUCAACAUCGCCACCAAGCCGAAGAAGAGAACUUCUCCUGCUCUCUCGGACGACGACGACGAUUUUGACGAUAGCGUUCGGUCAGAGCAGCACUCAUCAAAGAAGAUCAAGAGUGCUGCAAAUCGAGCUGGUACGCCCGGACCGCCCUCUCGCGUGAACGGCCAAGGCACUCGCAUAGAGGGUGAGGAGGAUGACUUCUUUGACGAAGAAUACGAGCAGAGCGACGACGGUGAUGAUGGCAGUGACGAGCAGCCACCCCCGCCAUGCUCCGAGGUAGACGCCGACGAAGACGAGGAGGAGGAAGGCUCUGAGGUCGACGAGCUCACCGAUGCUGACACCUCUGCUGGGAGAGCUGACAUCGAGGAUGGCCGACCGCUACUGAGCGACAGCAGGCCUGAUGAGCAUCAAAUCAAGCCGACCAGUCCCGCUAAAAGGGCUUCUCCGAAUGCCUCAGAUGUUUGGACCCCUAGCAAGAGACAAAAGAAGGAAGACCACAGACCUCAUGAGGCUGCCUUGGCGGCUGUAGCAGAACAGGCCAAGACUCCAGAGCAUGACGAUACCAUGCCACCAAACGCACCUACCAUCCAACAGUCCGCUUCAGCCAAUGUUAUGACGCUCGAGAAGACCGGUAUGAGUUCUACCGAUCUCCAAGAAGCCUUCAACAACCUCAGCAAGAUGAUCGACCAGACCUCUCAGCGCUUCUUUGAAAACAUCGGUCAAACAUCUGGCCGCCUCAUCACCAUCGCACCAAGUCCAUAUCCAGCGCUUGAAGCGGUGUACCGACACGUCUUGAGCACGGAGCACGACUACAUGGUCGUCAUUGAGGAGUUUGCCUUCCGCGAGAAGUUUGAGCCCUCCGACUUACUGCGCAGCAUGAUAGCAUCACAGCUCUUGACAAAGAUUUUCAGUGUUGAUCUACCAUGGCAGAUAGCAGCCUCAGCACCUAGCAGUACUUACAUCGCAGCGGCAGUUGCCGACCCUCGUGGGGACAAUGGCCGUCCUGUCAAGAGGGUGUUGUGGCUCGCGAGCCAGGCUCAGAUAAAUGAUGAGCACUUCGUGGCCACGACCGUGGAGCCCAAGGCACAGCAGCUUGCAGCCGGAAUACUGCUGACUCUUGGCGAGCACCUGCAUGAGUACACUGAUACGAGCAAUUCAGCCCGCGAUUGGCAUACCGAUAUGUAUCGGCAACUUGCUGACGCUUGCCGUGAAGCUCUCAUAGUGAAGAGUCAGAUGGUGGCAUCGAAGUUGGAAGGUGACUGGUUAUGGGAUGCACUUGAUGCGGACGGCAACACUUCGUAUGAGCCUCAGACAGCAUUGAUGGCGUUCCCAGGAUUUUCAGUAGACACGCGCGAUGGAGUUCGGGAGGAGUGGUUGAUCGAGGAGGACCUCAUUGGCGGCAAGUCUGAGUGA